UGGCGCUGCUGUUUCUGCUCCUUCUGGGGGCCCCGGGGGGCUCUGAUCGCUGAGGGGGAGGGGCAGACGGGAGAUCCUGAUUGGUUUCCCUAUCUCCAUCGAAUCCAGAAGAGGGUGGAGAGCCACGCCCCUGGGGUCACAAUGACACCUGCUAUGAUUGGGUCACCCAGGCAGGACUUGGCUCCGUUCCGCUCCGGGAUCUCUCGGGAUCUGAUGAAAAAUGUGAUCAGUCGUAAAUUGGGGACGCACUACCAGAUCAUGGAGCGUGGGCUGUACCGAGAGGAGGAGUGCAUGUUCCCGGCACGGUGUAGCGGGGUGGAGCACUUCCUCCUGGACCUUCUGCCGGAUCUCCCAGACAUGGAGAUGGUGAUCAAUGUGCGGGAUUAUCCGCAGGUUCCUCAUUGGAUGACGCCGGUUAUUCCCGUCUUCUCAUUCAGUAAGACUUCAGAUUAUCGGGACAUCAUGUACCCCCCCCGCCUGGACCUUCUGGGGAAGGGGGCCCUGCUGUGUGGCCCUCUCUACCCCACGGGCCUGGACGCUGGGACCUGAUGAGGGAGGACCUGCAGCGGUCAGCCAGGCGUUGGCCGUGGGAGAAGAAGAUCCACAAAGCAUAUUUCCGAGGCUCCAGGACCAGCCCUGAGCGGGACCCCCUUAUCCUGCUGCUCCCGGGAAAACCCAGAUCUGGUGGAUGCCGAAUACACCAAGAACCAGGCCUGGAGGUCGGAGAAGGACACCCUGGGCAGACCGCCAGCCAAGGAGGUGCCAUUAGUGGACCACUGUGCGUUUAAGUAUGGCCGCCUUCUGUCUCUUCUACAUACCUGCUCCAUCUCUUUCCGUCUUCCCACCUUCCUUACGGUAACCAGCCAUUACUCACUGUCCGGUGCUCCCUGUCCAUGGGGCGGAUCCCAGUGCCUGUUCUCUGUUUAG